CACAAGUGAGGCGGAGAACAAUGAGUGGAGCUGGUGAGGGGUGCGUGCUCCUCGUCUUCUUCUAUUUCAUUCAUCCGUCCAGAGCCAGUCGGGCUCAGGCGUUUUUGCUCCCAAGCGUGAUUUGCUGACGGUUCGCCACCAGCACACUUGACACACAUCUUGUCUCUCUCUUUCUCUCUCCAUCACAGACCGUACUUUAUUGACGCAAAGAUGGCUCUGCAUGCCACAUCGGCAUUCCUUGGCUGCACCGCUGUGACGGCAGCGUCGGCUGUGCUGUGCACGCUGGUCAUGGCGUGGUGGGCCCUGGUCUUGCUGUGGUGGGCGCUGGUCGUAAGGCGGUGGCCACUCUCGUGCGCACAGGGGCACGUCGAGGCAGGGCCGACCGACCUGGAUCUGGGCAUCGACUUCGAGGCCUUCCUGGCGCAGAUGGGGCACUGCUGCGACGCAGAGCUGGACGCCCUCUGCGAGAGCGCCAUGGACAGUCAGAGCGCAAGGGUCCUGCAGGAUCUCGAGGGCGAGCUCGGAGGCGGCCCAGUGGGCUCCCACGCUGGGUGCCAGCCCACCCACACUGAGCCCGCGUUGGCCCUUGAGACGCUCCAGGCGAAGCUCGAGCUGCACCGCGGCAUGGCGAAGGGGGAGCUGCGCAGCAACGGGGCUGCGCAAGACCGGCGGCCACAGCACUUGCGUCCACUCCUGUGGACGGCCAACGGUGAGACUAGGCGAUCAAGCACAGAUUUUAAGUGAUGGGCUUCUCCCUUCGCCCGCCUCUCUCACAGGUGCCUGAGGCUGCCUGAGACACGUGCGGCGACGGCGGUGCCCCGGCGUGCCUUAGGGGUGCGCGAGCUCCCUCCGCAUCGAGCAAAUUGGGCCACGCGGUCCCGACAGCACUGCUAUACACUACCAGUGAGUUAUUUCUCUGGUAUUGCGUGCGCAUCCGCACGUGUGCCCACGUAGAGUACCGUGGGGCAAUUCGGAGUGCACGCGUGCCCACCCCUCCAAGCCUUGAGCGCCUGUCAAUGUGAUCUGACGUGUGUGAACCGAUCCAUGUUCUCAGUCAGGUUCGCAAGGUCUGCGGCAGUUUUGCAGGUUUGCACUGGGACGUGUUUGAACUGGAGGACAGUGUCCCGCAUUCCUGAGUUGGCUGCUCGGACGCAUGGCCCCGACAUCACAAAGAUACGCGGGCCCGCUCGUUUUCACGAUGGUGUCACCAGCUGUGCGUCUGGGUAGUUUGCUUCUUUGCCGAGGGCUCGUCCUCUCGCACAAUCUCCGAAGCUUGAGCCUACGCAUGGUGAACGGAGCCGUGCUCGUGGUCAGCUGGAGCAAAGGUGCUGGAGACAGUGUUUGCUGGAGGCGAACCACAACAGUGGGCUUCAAAGUGCACGAAGUUGCCAUGGUGUUACUAGCGAUGAUCAUGGCGAUGCCCUCAUGACAAGGUAAAUACAACCGCCGACACAUUGGCAUUAUAGACCUCGCUAUACGAUGUGCUGGUUUCACGCCGAUGCGUGCAUGUGCUUGUGCAUAAACGAUACGCCCAGGCCUCAUACACGACCGUGCACCUGCGUGUGCGUCCAGGGGGAAGCCCGCUGUGGGGCCGCCCCCCGUCGCAUCUGCUCCUUGAUGGGGCUCUCGGCCGGGUGCUUUCCAGGACGGUCCCCGGCGGGGCCCUUCAGAGCGCCGCAGGGCAGUCCCUGACGCUCCAGCGGC